AUGCAUUGGUUUGGGACAUGUUGUGCUUUAAUGAUAUAUUACUUCUUAAAAGGACUUAAAUGUGAAAAUAUUUAUAUUUUCCAAUGUAUGAAUUCUUAUAAUAACAUUCAACUUCAAAUAUCAUCUACAUCUUCGGCGACCAUCAUCAAGACGUCAAGAAGGGUAAACCAGAACUGGUCAGAAUCAACCAUGAAUAGUCUUGGUAUUCUAAGUUCAUUAACAUUAACCAUCCCAGCUGUAACUUGCUCUAAUGUAUCAUCACCAGUCGAUAGAAACGUCAUUAUGGUAAAUACCACUGCCCCAGUAUCCAUAGUAGCUAUUGUGGAACAAGGGACACACAUACAGACUAUGAAGCUCCUUCGACUUGAUGGAUUAGGUAAAUACUACUAUGUGGCGUCCUGGAAACCGAAACAUGGAUACUCAUAUGUAGGGAUAACACCGCUUAAAGAUGACACAACUGUAAUAUUCAGCCUACCAAAUAAUACGUCUGCAACAGUGGACAAUCAGACCUACAAUGACGAUCAGUUCAUAUAUUAUCGUUCACUUAUGAGCUACAAAUCCCUAAAUAUUUACAGCCGCGACGAUCUUACAGGUGGAUAUAUAGUAACUUCUCAAAAAGUAGCUGUGAUAUCUGGCACCACCAUAAACCCUCCACAUUCGUCCGCUGAUUCCCAUAAUAACUCUGUCACAGAAGGAACGCUGGAAUACCCAGUAAUGCAAAUGAUCACGCCAAUGGGAAGUUGGGGCAAAACAUACAUAUGCUUCCCUUUCCAAUCCAAGAAAACAGCUAUAAAAAUCAUAGCUGGUUAUGCAGACACUACAGUUACAAUUGAGAGCAUUUCAACAGGGAACAACACCAACGUUACAUUAAGAAAUGGCCAGUUCAUCACAAGAGCGGUAAAGGCUUUGACCCUUGUUACAUCUUCCUUUCCAGUGAUGGUUGUAGCUUAUUUACUUCCAGGUGCUCGCUUUGAUAAUACCAUUCCAUCUUCAGUGGUUACCUUAACACCAGUAGAACAAUGGAUGCGGUUUCAGUCAUUUAGUAUCCCAAAACAAAAUCUUUAUUCUCACUACAUCAAUAUUAUGUGCAAGACGGAAGCUAUUGAAUCUUUCAUUCUGGAUUUUGAACCUCUCAGCGGGAUAUGGAUUUCAGGAAACAAUUACUCGGCCACAUCAAUCCGUUUGUCGGAGGGUUUUCACCACAUUUAUAAUACAAUUACGUCUUCAACAUUUUCACUGUUUGUUUACGGACACUCUGAAAUAGAAUCAUCUUAUGGGUAUACAGUACAAAUGCACCUGGCUCGACUAUAUGAUUACUGUGAAAACAGUACUAGCGAGGCUGACGAUGGUCAUGAUAAUGAUUGUGACGGAGCUGUGGAUGAAGAGUUUAUCAAUGGGUUGGAUGAUGAUGAAGAUGGAUUGGUUGAUGAAGACUGUUUUGAGUCCUUUAUUCCUAAAGCCCUUACUGCCCAAACAGUCCAACCUAACACGGUAGCUUCUCAUUCGGCUAUUGAUUACAAGAGGGAAUUGUCGGUGGUACUAGUGAGCAUGUUUAUGGCACCGAUUAUUUGUGGUUUGCUUGGGGCUCUGCUGAUGGUGGUAUUAAACAAAAUGCACUCAGGUGCCAAGGUAGCAAGUAACCAGGAAGAUGACGAGUCCUGCAAUCAAUCAACACGUCAUCCUGGGAGAAGCACUGUAAGGAAACACAAAUCAAAUCGAGUAGAGGUUGUAGAUUUACAAGAUGUUUAA